CUCCAAAUUCACUUGUCCUCGUCCUCUUCUGUUUCCUUCUCUUUCUCGCUCUCGUCCGUUCUCUUUUCUCUCUCAUUCCUUUUAUUGGAAGGUUUCCUUUCUUUUAGUAAUUUCAUUCCCACCUUCCUACCCGAUCGUCUCGCGUCGUCUUGUGGACGCGUGUCCACACUAAUUUCAAAAUACUAAAUCCUCUGCUAUCCAGAUUUAGAACCUUGACACUACUCCGUAAUACAUCCUAGAUGACUAGUUCCUCGAGUUCUGCUGUUAGCAUGCUCUCUGUCGCAAAGUGCAUCUCUUCACGAUCGAGAAACUGCUUAGUCGAUUUAUCAAAGCGCAAUAUCCGCCGGAUACCAGGCGACAAUACUUGCAGAUCAUUGUACUCCAGUAUGUCAUGCCAUGUUCAGACCCUGAAUCCCUCGAGUCAACAGAGUCUUCAGGCAUCAUCCAUUCCAUCGCCCUUAUUAGGACUCACAACUCGAAUACGGCAACAACCAGAAGUAACAUGGGAAGUUUUUUUUACUCGAUCAUGCGGCUCUGGCCUAAGGCGCUCGAGAUCAUUGGUCCCUUGUCAUCACUACCAUCCUCAACCUCGAAAUCGGCAAGUGGCUGUACAUCGAUCUUUCUCAAUGAAAGCAUGCGCAGAUGGGUCUUUAACAUUCAUCUCGGAAGGAGUACAGUGCUGUCCACAAAAAGAUACUGCCCUUCAGCAAUCCUUACUUGUAUCGCCAUCAUGCAUUGCAGUUGACGGUGUACAUCGAGGCAAGAGGUCUGUUGCCAAUUCACAAUUGCGAUCCGCCCAUACACAUUCAACAUUAUCAAGACAUCAUCAUACUCCACGUGAUACCAUAGGGGAUCGAUUUCCAGUUCACAGGAUAUCGUCCGCAACAUCUGCAGGUGCUACUCGUAGAAAUACGUACCUCACAUCCGUAUGGUCACGCCAACAUACUAUACAUAUAGAUUUUUCGCAAUCAAAGAGACUACUACACUCAACACGAUCACGGCGUUCUAUUUUCUCGCAGGAUAGGGGCGCUGAAGGCAUAGGCUUAAGUUUAGAGGAAAAGAGGUUGCUUGUAGCAGAUCUUAGGCGGAAGACCUUUACCAGGGCUAAAGUUACACACCUUUGGACUUCAUACACAAAGAUCGUGAAAGCUCAAGCGCUCACACUCAUGCAAAGUGAUGACGUUAUUUCUCUUUUUCGGGUCCUCUCGCAAUCAUAUGACAUUGAAGAAGCGACGGAAAUGAUGUUGCAAGUGGCUCUAGAUGUAAAUGACAUCAAAAAACAGCUCCCUCAAGAAGCUUUUGACAUCCUAUUGCACCAAACAGUCGAUGACCUACCUGCAGAGCAGAUCAAAGCCAUGUUGUGGCAAAUACAAGGGCGACGGCGGUUUAUAGCUGAAUUUAUACAGUUGUGUGAUUCCAACGCAGAGAUAAAAUCAUUUCUAGGUCUUUACAAUCGACUUAUGAAAUCCUCAUUUGAUGUGGAUGGGUUCUCGACAUAUUAUCAAAGUCGGAAGGAGCGCGCUGAAAAUCUUGGCGAUAUGGUACUACAAUGGAUCAUGGAACCUGGCAGACAAGUUAACUCUAAAGUCGUGGAGAAUCUCCUGGUCUUUUUGCUAGAUCGCGGUGUUAUGGAUAAGGUCUUUAGCUCCAUCAGCAGCCUCUUUAAUGAGAACUUCAGUUUUAGCCAUAUAUUCUAUACGUCAGCUAUUCAUCGGUUCGGCCGGGCACAAAAUUUUGACUACAUGGAUGCUACGCUUGCUCUAAUGCGGAGACAAGGUCUAGAACCCUUGGAAGACACAUAUGCCGCUAUCAUUGACGCUCAUUCAAAGGCGGGGAAUCUUAGGGAAGCACAGCGAGUAUACCAAGAGCUCCUUGACGCGAACUUGACACCCACCAAUCAAGUGUUUGGUCCCAUGCUGGAGGCAGUUGGAAAGCUGGGCGACUAUGAGAUGACGCAGCAACUUGUGGAUAGGAUGAAUUCCAGUGGUGUUGCGUCUAACGAAUACACAAUUAGUGCUCUUCUCCAAAGCCUUUCGGAAGAUCUUGAUAAAAGUAGCAAGCUUUUUGAUGAGCUUUCGGGUAAAAUGACUCCUAACACGGUCAACUACAAUAUCUUGAUCCGUGCUUUCCAGCGUCAUGGUGAUCUUGAUGGGGCAUUCAGGGUAUUUCGAUCCAUGGUAAAAAGCCAAGUAAAGCCAGACCAAUAUACUUUUUCCAGCAUUCUCAGUCUCUUUGCCACACGCGGUGAUUCUGAUGGCGCCGAAAUCUUCUGGGACGAGAUGAUCACUGUACAUAAUGUUGUCCCAAAUGUACAUACUUAUGGAUCUAUGAUGCAUGUCUAUUGUACAAAGGAGGACAUGUUGAGCGCCCAGGUUGUGUACAGGGAGAUGAUUCAAGCUGGGAUCAUGCCAAAUGAGGUUAUCUUUGGUACACUACUUAAUGCAUAUGCUCGUCACGGCGACCUGACACAGAUGCUAUCCAUUUAUGACACGAUGCGCUCCGAAGGCCUCAAGCCCAAUAGCUAUAUUUAUUCCAAUUUAUUAUUUGGUUUGAUCAAAGAUGGCGAUAUGACUGCAGCCCGGCGUCUUUACGAGAACAUGGAGGGGGAUGGAUUUGGCCACAAUGUUCUAGCCCAAACGAUUCUAAUGAAGGGUUAUUUGGAUCAAGGCAAUUUCAAAGAAUCUCAGGAAAUCUACAAAAAAAUACUCCGUUCCGGUUUGAUACCCAACUUUAUGACCUAUGCCACAUUACUGCAGGCGCAUGCAAAGCGUGGGCAGAAGAAGCAAAGCCGUGCAUUCUUGAACAAAAUCAUGAAGAGCCGCGGCCUCGUUUUCAUGGAUGAAGGAGAUGGGCUAUUUCAGACUGAAGAAGUCACUGGACAUAGAUUAGAUACGGUUUCUGAUAAAGAUUUAAGCUUGGUUGGUUUUCAGGAAGGGCAUCUAUCGACACUGGGCACUGAAAGGAAGCCACUUAAAAUGGCUGCAAGGCCAAAGCCAUUGGUGGCUUUUGCACCAUUGUUAGACGCAUAUGCUAGAGAAGGCGACGUUCUUGCAGGCCAGGAGAUGUUUGACGAGAUCAGGGCGCGGGGUCUUCAGCCCAACACUAUCGUUUAUACAAGUCUGAUGGAUGCUUAUAGACGUACAGGAGAUGUUGACACAGUCAUGCGCAUUUGGAAUGAAUUGUUCGAUCGGUUCCACAGCCAGUGGAAGGAUAUCAUGGAGCACCCAGAGAAGUACAGACCAUCUAAAGGCCCUGUGGCAGUCGAGUGGGUUCAAGAUCGUUUAACCACAAAGGCUUCAAAGCUUCAAACACUGCUACAGCACCCCAUUUCGAUUACACUUGACUCUCUUUGCUAUUCUGGGCGGAUAUCAGAAGCUAAAGCAAUAUGGAAUCAGCUUCAACAGAUGGGAUUCGAAUUUGACUCUUUCAAUUGGAAUGACUACUGUAUUGCAUUGGCGAGGAACGGUCAGUUGAUGGAGGCAUUUCAAAUUGUUCAGGACAAGCUUCUACCAGGCUUUGAAAGUGACUUUAUUCGGCCGCCCCCAGAGGAGGCACCUGCAGGACCUCGUAAUGGUAGAGGCACGCCGGCUUUUGGAAAAAGUCUUAGAUCUAAAAGAAGUGAGGGAGGCUUUUUAGAAUCUAUCGAGGAUGAUACUGUCAUUUCGAAACAACCUGAAACAUUAUUCUACCCACGACCCAGGACUUUUGCGGCACUAGCAGACAGUCUUGAGGAGCUCUUGUCGCCCAAAGCUGAUAAGCGUUCGCGCUAUCAAGACUGGCUUUCCGAACCCAUCGUCAUGGAACCUGAGGGUGUUGCCGAGUCGUCUAAGGUCGCCCCAAACGCUUUAAGCCUCCAAGCUAAGCGACUCGCUAGGAGUCAGGCAUUGAUUGAGGCCAAGCUACAACCGUACCCAAAGCCGUUCAGUGCGCUGAAUGUAAAUGAACGCUGGAUAUUAUGGAGCAUGCUUCGAACAGAAUAUCCUCGCGUCCUAGAAGCUUUGAACGAAGGAAUGCUUGUAACGCCCCCCACAAACCUGAACCCAUCAGAACCUGAUGACAGGACUAAUGGUUUAAACUCACUAUCCUCCACCACACAACGGAGCUCCAAUCUUACAGGCUUACGACAAUGGCGCCGACUCAAGUCAGUAAUGAAGGAUAUGGAACGUAAACAGUUUUUGGGAGAUAGAAGUCCAUCCAACCAUAGACUAAGAUAGAGAUUAAUAAUUGUUAAAGAAAAACUGGACCAUUUGCUAUUUUUAUUUCUUAGGCUGAAUGGACUAUAAGCAAGCUGGUUCAUCUAAUAAACCCCUUUAUAAGCCUGUUGAUGGGCCUGCUGCAGAUGCUGCGCUCAUUAACCCAAUGCCUCCUAUUCCAGACCCUCUGUUACCAAAGCCGCCUAUG